AUGGAUGACGAUUUCGAUGAUGGAGAUUAUUACGUCAAGCCGCGCAUGCGCCUCGCAUCUGAGCCGUUCGUUUCGCCAGAAGACCAGCUCGAUCCAGACGCCUCGGUCUCUCGCCCCGUUCUCCUCAUCCUCUGCGGAUUCGCCGCCGCAUUUCUAGCGGCGGGAAUCAUGACGUCAGGAUUCCUCCAGUUCGCGCUCAUCUGGAUCGCGCUCGCCCUCGUUAUAGGCCCUCUCGCUCCUAUCACACAGACAGGUGGAGACUGCCGAGUUGGUGUCGGUCCCCCGUUAGAAGAACACCAUCACGCCGAGGAGCAACCAGCAGACGAACCAUCCCCAGCCUCUCGUUACAAGAACACGGUCGCUCGCGAGCCGCAGGAAGCUGAGCUGGCGGAUCUCCCCGUCCAACGCGCCGCAGACGGCGGCGCCGCCAACGGCGGGAGCGCCGCCAGCGCCGCCGCGAGCGAAGGCGUCGACACGAGUGAGUGGACGCGCGAGGAGUGGGACCAGCUGAAGAAGCUUCUCGUGAAGCUUCCUCGCGGGACGACGCAGCGAUGGGAGAAGGUAGCAAAAGGCGUGGGGUCCGGGCGGCGCGCCGUGGACGACGUGAUCCGAUCCGCCAAGGCCGUCGCGCUGCAGAAGCCGUCGGAUCGCGACGCGUACGCCGCGUUCCUGUCGCAGCGCAAGCAACACAAGGGCAGCAGCGCGGGCGCGGGGGGGGCGGGGGGAGCCGAACCCGCGCCCACAAGCAGAUGGGAGGAGGAAGGGAUCGCCCCAGGGGGCGCGGCAGAGGCAGAGGGCAAGGGUGGUGGUAACGCGGUAACCACGUGGACGGAGGCGCAGGACCGCGCGCUGGUGCAGGCGCUGAAGGAGUUCCCCAAGGACACGCCCCUGCGGUGGGACCGCGUGGCCAGUGCUGUGCCGGGGCAGACCAAGCAGCGGUGCUUCAAGCGCUUCUCUGAGCUGAGAGACAAGUUCCGCUCCAAGGGGGGUGACCUCGCAGGUGCGUGGGGUGCGAAUCUGCAGUCCCUCUCUCGACACAUUGAAAAGCAGGAGCUCGCGGCAGUCACAGACCACAGUAGUCUAGCAACGAUGACUGGUACGAGGCCAGCACGCAAAAAGGCAGCCCGCGAAGCGAACGUAGAGCAUGAUGCAACGGGGGCCCCUUCAUCUCCUGUCUGGUUUCGUCGCGGUGGGGUUCCUGUCGACGAGGAGGAUGACCCCUUCGCUGAUGAUGACGACUUAGACAAGGAAGGCACGAGCGGAGAAGUCUAG